UUCGACAUCUUCCGCGACGGCCCGAUGCCCACGGGGGAGACGAAGCCGCGAGCGCUCGUGCAUCGCGACGCGGACUGGCACAGGAGCGUGCACGUGUGGCUGAUCGAUCGCGCGACGCAGAAGGUCGCGCUGCAGAAGCGCAGCGCGAAGAAGGACACGUUCCCGAACCUCUGGGACAUCUCCGCCGCGGGGCACAUCGAGUCCGGGCACGACAGCAGGGACACCGCGGUCCGAGAGCUCGAGGAGGAGCUCGGGAUC